CAACAACGACGCAGAAGAUGACGGGUUUUGCACACAAAUUUCGUUUUUCGCACAUAACUUUGCCUGUGAGUUUCGUCCUUUCCGCACUGUGGGUUUGGUGGACUUUGCAUCGCGCACAACAGUUAUGUUGGAAUAUAUUUUUUCGAAAUAUUAUGAUGGAUGCCCUUCGUAAUAUCACAGGACAUUCAAUGCUAGUUGGUUUUGUCGGCUUCUGCACACUUUUCCAGACCACUUGGUAUAGGUCCAUCGCUGCUGGGUACUUGAGUAUGUCUCAUCACUACGAUCGCUAUGCAAUUGUGAACAAACACCAACCUUUCGCACUGAGUGCGUACAUUACUAUCGCUAUCGACAGGAAGCUCGAGUAUGAGGCACAUUUUUACUCCUUUGCGAAGCUGCACACUCUAACGCAGAGGCGGGAGAAGGCAGGGAGCGGAGGAUCUGGAAUGUACUACUAAGUAAGUACCUUAGUAGCAUACGAAAAAUUAUGUUUCCCCGUACUUCCCCGUAGCCCUGUCGAGGCAUUCUGAUUGAUUGAUUGAAGGAAUUUGCCUCAAAAAUUCUGGUUGAUCUAGAAGUUUAUGAUAAGUUCUUCUUCUUCUUUAGGAUAAGUUCGAUGUCCAAAAUGGUGUUCUACUUGUCCAACUAGGUAUAACCGAGGCACAUCGGGGGACAGUCCAGAGGGGUUAGAGAGGAAAGCAAAAACGCAGCACGUCUGGACAGUGGAGCCAGGUCACGGGCAAAUAGUGCAGACUGGUGACUUGUUAUGAGCAGGGUUACUGCUACUACUUCAAAAAUUUGAGGCUACAUUGACUACACUAAAUCAAACAGAAAAUCGCGUUUUUGUUUCAAUUUGAUAACCUGCACCUACUUACUUUCACUUUUCCCACUUGAAGAAAUUUUGGAAAGGAUAGGCUCGAGCGAUAUCCUUUGUUGGUAGUCUAUGCAAUUCCUAAUCACUGCGCAGAGAAUAUGAUCUUCUAGCUACAGCGUUAGUACCGCUGACAUGAGAAAGUAGCGUCACUCUCUUUUCACUUUCACGCCUAUCACUAAUAUGAGUAAGCAUUACUCUCGAGUCACUCCUCGAUGCGCAGAGCGGAGAAGAAAUGACACUCCAAGAUGCGGAUAGAAGGCAGAGUUUCAAACUGGCGCGAUCUUCGUCGCAAAUGUGUAAGUUAAGGGUGGAGCACGACUGCGGGGCAGAGAUGUAUUUAGAUCUAGUGUUGUUGUAUAUGGAUUUUCGCACGAUGACGGGGCAGAGAUGUAUCUAGAUCUAGUGUUGUAGAGGGUAGAAGAUUUGUACGACUACGGGGCAGAGAUGUAUUUAUAUCUAGUGUUGUUGUACUAUAUGGAUUUUCAACUAGUGUUGUUGUACUUAUAUUGAUUUUUCCCCUUUGGGUAAGAUGUGUGCUGCAAAUCUUGGUUGGGUUCACUUAGCCUCUUUAUGAGGUGGAGGCUUAGGCCCAGCGACGCUCGAAGCACAUAAGUAAAGCAACCGGGUAGUUUAUUUCCCUCUAUUCUUAGGCUUAUGCCUUCAAACAAUAGAUGGACUUUCAACUGCAGAACAGAACGCUAUUCUUGAACAGAAGGUCGAGGAGGCACUCCAUUCAUCUACACAUUCUGAAGUGAAGAUCAGUUGUUUUUGUACUGUUUAUGAUCCAGCAACCUUGAACGUGUCACCGCGUUCUAUGGUAGAAGGCCUCGGGUAGCUUCGCAACUUCCCAUGCAUUCUCUAAUUACCCGUGUCCAGGGUCGAAGAUAUCAUCUGGGCUGUAUGCCGAAGGUCUCCGAAAUUCUCGAUGGCAUGAGGCUCGGAGAGAGCAGAAAAAUACUCACGAUUAUGCAAUGAGCAUGUGUGGUCGUGUAUUCUUAGUGUAGUGAUGUGAGGCGAUGCAUAGUAUUGAUCAUACCGUCUUCUAUUGAUGUUAGGCUAAUUACUUAGCGGUUUUCCUUCUUCUAUCGAUACCCUAGUGAUGAUGUGUCACUGCCAUCUCGAGAAUGUUGGCCAUAAUCCUGAAUCAGGACAUAAAGUCUAUCUCCGUUUUCUCAUCCCUGUUUCCAACUACUACUACGCACCCUCCUGCAUCUCCAACUACUUAUAUCCUCGUGGACUCCUUCAUCCUCCUCCCACUACUCAUAUUUUCCUCCACUCCGCCUCCCACUACUCAUAUCUUCCUCCACUCCUCCUCCCACUACUCAUAUCUUCCUCCACUCCUCCUCCCACUACUCAUAUCAUACUCCACCGCCACCCUCCACUCCUCCUCCCACUACUCAUAUCUUCCUCCACUUCUUCUGCAGCUACUCAUAUCUUCCCCCUCUAAUCCUGAAGACCUUCCACUCGAAAGCGGUAACCGGUCGACAGCGAUACUACGGAUUCGAUUGGAGGAUGUGACAAGUGUCUCAACACUGUUCGCUGACUCGGAGACGAAACUCGAAGACGAUGAAGUCGAUGAGGAUCUCUGAUGAAAUGUUUUUUCUUCCCUCUAGAUCAGACCUGUUUUUAUCAUACGUGUUGGCUGUAAGAAGAGGAGAAACAUCGUUUGGGAUUUCUUUGUGGUUGACUACAGGGGAAUAUAUAGUGGGGGUUUAUAGUCGCUAGGGAAACAACAGAUCGUUUGAGUUCAAUGCAGUCGAUAGGGGAGCAUCUCGUUGGAAUUUGCGGUCGAUAAGGGAAAGGAUCGUUGGGGUUUUGGGUUCCUAGAUGAGACUCUAAUAAGGCAAAAUCAAGGGUGUCAGAAUUGAUUUCGCAACUAGGGAUGGAGUAGCAGGGUGGGAAGAUUCAUUCAUACAGCAGGAAUAACAGCCCGGCAGGUGAGACCACUCCUAUCCUAUCCUGAUUUGUUAUAGGACCUAAGACCCCAGCUCUCUAGCCAUGCCCCACAGCAUUCCUCCUCCUCCUCGUGGAUCCCGCAAGAAAUCCCUCUACCUGGAUUCCACCACAACAGCACGCGCUUUACCUGACUGUCAGUGAUAGUCCGUUGUCCUUCUGUUCUUUACCACUGUCAUUGUAAAGUAACUAGUCGAGAG